CCAGUGGGGGGCCAGUGAUCCAGUGACGGCGGCGGUGAUCCAGUGGAUGGGAGCCGCCGCCAUGCGCUGCCCGCUGUCGAAGCGCAGGAUCCCGUGGGUGAUUUACCGGGCGCUGCCUCUGGCCGCUCUGCUGCUGCUACCACUGGCCGUGCUGUCGGCCGGUCGCCUCCAGGAGUGGCUGUUGAGCCCCGGCCCCGCCGGCCCGCCCGACCCCGAGGCCCUGCGGCGCUGGAAGGCGGCGGACGCGGUGGAUCCGCGCCGGCUACGGGCAGAGGCUCAGGCCCGGCGAUUCUACCGUCAGCCCAACGCCGGCGCCUGCUCCGGGCAGCCCGUCUUCCUGCUCACCUUCGUGGUCAGCAAACCGAGCCACGGCGAGCGGCGCCGGGCCAUCCGCUCCAGCUGGGGGUCUCUCAGCUCGCUGGGUGGCCGCCGGCUGCGGACCCUGUUCGCGCUGGGAGAGGCGGCUUCGGCCGGGGAGGAGCGGGAGAUCGAGUUGGAGGCGUCUCGCCACGGAGACUUGGUGCAGGGCAGCUUCCGUGACACCUACCUCAACCUGACCCUCAAGACGCUGAUGGCGCUGCGCUGGGCCUCCACUUACUGCCCCGGCCUCAGUUACCUGCUCAAAGCCGACGAUGAUGUGUUUGUCAACCUGCCCGCCCUGGUGGCUCAUCUAAGCGGCCUGGACCCCGCUCUGGGCGACCUCUACCUCGGCCGCGUCCACAGCUCCGUGCCGGUGGAGAGGAACGUGUCGAGCCAGUACUACGUGUCCAAGACUCAGUUCCCCGGCCACACGUACCCACGUUACUGCAGCGGGACUGCCUAUGUGUUGUCUGGGGAUCUGGCCCGUCGGAUGUACGGCGCCGCCCUCUCCCUCCCCCUCAUCCCCAUCGAGGAUGUGUUCAUCGGCCUGUGCGCUACAGCCUCGGGGGUCAGGCCCACUCCCAGUGCCCGCAUGUCGGGCUCACACCGGGUCCCUGCUCUCCGCUGCUGCUACCGGCAACUCUUCUCCUCCCACCACGUGUCGCCCGCGGAACAGCCCGGCCUCUGGGCGCUGGUUCACGGGGGCACCGAGUGCUCGACGCUGACCAAGUACUCGUCACUGUUCAUCUGUAACUCGCUGGACCUGCUGCAACAGGCGCGUUACCUGGUGUCCAGCCUCGGCUAGACCGGCCCGGCUCAGCCCGGCUCGGCCCCACACACGGAUAGUGGAGCCCGGAGCCUCGCCUAGACCGGCCCGGCCCGGCUCGGCCCCACACACGGAUAGUGGAGCCCAGAGCCUCACCUAGACCGGCCCGGCCCGGCCCGGCCCCACACACGGAUAGUGGAGCCCGGAGCCUCACCUAGACCGGCCCGGCCCGGCACGGCCCCACACACGGAUACUGGAGCCCGGAGCCUCAGCAACACCGGCCCGGCCCGGCCCGGCUCGUCUCGGCCCCACACACGGAUACCGGAGCUCGGAGCCUCACCUAGACCGGCCCGGCCCAGCCCGGCUCGGCCCCACACACGGAUACUGGAACCUAACCUAGACCGGCCCGGCCCAGCCCGGCUCGGCCCCACACACGGAUAGUGGAGCCUAACCUAGACCGGCCCGGCCCGGCCCGACACGGACACCGGAGCUCGCAGCCUCACCUAGACCGGCCCGGCCCGGCCCGGCCCCAGACAGACACCCGCAGGCCGGCGGGCCAUCCGGCUGAAUGUGGACCUGAGACCACGGCGGGCCGCCCGGCCCCACAUCAAUCCCGGGCCGAGAGCGGUCUCCGACAAACUGGACAUUCGGAGGCGGUAAAGGUCCCGGAAAUGCCCGGUAACCUCAGAGCUGUACAGCGCGGGAACUGGCCAUUCGGCCCAUCGGGAACAUGCUGACAUGGUCGACGUGUGCACCCGGGUCUGUGGAAUUCUCUGCCUCAGUGGGCGGUUCUCUAGAUACUUUCAAGAGAGAGCUAGAUAGGGCUUUUAAAGAUAGCGUAGUCAGGAGAUAUGGGGAGAAGGCAGGAACGGGGUACUGAUUGGGGAUGAUCAGCCGUGAUCACAUUGAAUGGCGGUGCAGGCUCGAAGGGCUGAAUGGCCUCUACUCCUGCACCUACUGUCUAUAUCUCGGAGAUGAAUCUGGUCUCCGGGGGUCAGCAGGGAUUGGCCGGGCGAAUGGCCUCCAGCGCAGUGAACAGCAGGGGAUGAAUAAUUCAGGGCGGUGUAUCGGGUGUCGCGGCCGCGAAUAGCGAGCGGGCAACAUGAUAUCCAGCCAUGACUGAGCCGCAUGUGUCAGCGAGAGAGAGAGAGAGGGGGGGGGGGGGGGGGAUGGGGGGAGAAGGGUGUGAAAUGGACAGAGAGGGGAGAGAGUGAGC